AUGGCUUCCAGCCCGCUGCCGGGGCCCAACGACAUCCUGCUGGCAUCGCCGUCGAGCGCCUUCCAGCCCGACGCGCUGAGCCAGCCGCGGCCGGGCCACGCCAACCUCAAACCCAACCAGGUGGGCCAGGUGAUCCUCUACGGCAUUCCCAUCGUGUCGUUGGUGAUCGACGGGCAGGAGCGCCUGUGCCUGGCACAGAUCUCCAACACUCUCCUCAAGAACUUCAGCUACAACGAGAUCCACAACCGCCGUGUGGCGCUGGGCAUCACGUGCGUGCAGUGCACGCCGGUGCAGCUGGAGAUCCUGCGGCGCGCCGGGGCCAUGCCCAUCUCCUCGCGCCGCUGCGGCAUGAUCACCAAGCGUGAGGCCGAGCGCUUGUGCAAGUCGUUCCUAGGCGAAAACAGACCGCCCAAGCUUCCCGACAACUUCGCCUUCGACGUGUCUCAUGAGUGCGCGUGGGGCUGCCGCGGUAGCUUCAUCCCCGCGCGCUACAACAGCUCCCGCGCCAAGUGCAUCAAAUGCAGCUACUGCAACAUGUACUUCUCACCCAACAAGUUCAUCUUCCACUCGCACCGUACGCCCGACGCCAAGUACACGCAGCCGGACGCAGCCAACUUCAACUCUUGGCGCCGUCAUCUCAAGCUCACUGACAAGAGUCCCCAGGACGAGCUAGUCUUUGCCUGGGAGGAUGUCAAGGCCAUGUUUAACGGCGGCAGCCGAAAGCGCGCGCUGCCCCAGCCCGGCGCUCACCCCGCCUGCCACCCGCUCAGCUCAGUCAAGGCGGCCGCAGUGGCAGCAGCCGCUGCGGUGGCUGGAGGUGGAGGACUACUGGGUCCGCACCUGCUGGGGGCGCCCCCGCCCCCGCCGCCGCCUCCACCCCUGGCGGAGCUGGCGGGCGCGCCCCACGCCCAUCACAAACGGCCGCGCUUCGACGACGACGAUGACUCGCUGCAGGAGGCGGCCGUCGUGGCCGCCGCCAGCCUUUCGGCCGCCGCCGCCAGCGCGGCGCCCAAGGCCGGCCUGUCCGGCCUCUUCUGGCCUGCAGGCCGCAAGGACGCUUUCUACCCGCCCUUCUGCAUGUUCUGGCCUCCGCGGACCCCAGGCGGGCUUCCGGUGCCCACCUACCUACAGCCCCCGCCCCAGCCGCCCUCGGCGCUCGGCUGCGCGCUUGGAGAAAGCCCGGCCCUGCUGCGCCAGGCCUUUCUGGACCUGGCCGAGCCCGGCGGCGCGGGUGCGAGCGCAGACGCUGCGCCCCCGCCGGGUCAGCCCCCUCCGGUGGUAGCUAAUGGCCCGGGCUCCGGCCCUCCGCCUCCUGCUGGGGGCGCGGGCGCCCGCGACACUCUCUUCGAGUCGCCCCCGGGCGGCAGCGGCGGGGACUGCAGCGCGGGCUCCACACCGCCAGCCGACCCCGGCGCCGUGUCUGGUGCAGGGGCCGGGGCGGCUGGAGCGGGCCCCGCAGGAGCCCGAGUGCCCGCAACCCACCAUCCGCACCUCCUGGAGGGGCGCAAGGCGGGCGGAGGCAGCUACCACCAUUCGAGCGCCUUCCGGCCGGUGGGCGGCAAGGACGACGCAGAGAGCCUGGCCAAGCUGCAUGGGGCGUCAGCGGGAGCGCCACACUCGGCCCAAGCGCAUCAUCACCACCACCAUCACCACCCGCACCACCACCACCACCAUCAUCCCCCGCAGCCGCCGUCACCGUUGCUGCUACUGCCCCCGCAGCCCGACGAGCCGGGUUCUGAGCGCCACCACCCGGCCCCGGACGAGGAUGACGAGGAAGAAGAGCAGGAGGUGGACGUGGAGGGCCACAAACCCCCCGAGGGCGAAGAAGAGGAGGAGGAAGGUCGAGACCCUGACGAGGAGGAGGAGGAAGACGAGGAGACCGGGGUCCUGUUAGGGGACCCCUUAGUCGGGGGCGCCCGGUACCUUCAGGGCCGAGGGCUGUCAGAGAAGGGGAGCAGCCGGGAUCGCGCACCGGCCGCGCCGGGCGCUUUCCCACUCGGCCUGAACUCCUCCAGGCUGCUGCAGGAGGACGGGAAACUGGGUGACCCCAGCGGCUCAGACCUGCCCCCGCCCCCGCCCCCGCCUCUGGCCUCCCAGAAAGCAAGCGGCGGCGGCAACAGCAGCAGCCCGGGCAGCCCGGUCCACCAUCCAUCACUGGAGGAGCAGCCCUCCUACAAAGAUAAUCAGAAAACUAAGGAAAAUAACCAAGUUAUUUUACCUACAAAGGACGACAGCAACUUUUCAGAUAAGAACAAGGAGCAUGGCUUUUUCAUCACAGACUCUGACACUUCUGGAGGAGAUUUUUGGAGAGAGAGAUCAGGUGAACACACGCAGGAGACAAAUUCACCUCAUUCACUCAAAAAGGAUGUUGAAAAUAUGGGGAAAGAAGAACUUCAGAAGGUUUUAUUUGAACAAAUAGAUUUACGGAGACGACUAGAACAAGAAUUCCAAGUGUUAAAAGGAAAUACGUCUUUCCCAGUAUUCAAUAAUUUUCAGGAUCAGAUGAAAAGGGAACUAGCCUACCGAGAAGAAAUGGUGCAACAGUUACAAAUUAUCCCCUAUGCAGCGAGCUUGAUCAGGAAAGAAAAGCUUGGUGCCCAUCUCAGCAAAAGCUAAAAGGUGCACAGAACCACUUACUCUUGCUCUCUUGUAAGAUACAGCCUGC